CGAUGCCGUCCGUGUGUUCCAACGGUGCUCCUCUCUGUUUCUUCGUCGUCUCCCUUAAAAUCUAGAAGUAUAGAUCGUGCCGAUUGUGAGAGAUACCUAAAAGCAAAGCAAGUCUCGUAAACCUUGGAGCUUGACGUCGGUUACUCGGGUUAUGAGAUCGUUCUGAUGGAAGGCAAAAGGCUUUCUCUGCAAUUUAUUUUGCUUUUGAUCGCUUCCGUUGCUUCUCUGCUUCGCGCUUCGGACGUGCUGUUCUAUGAGUCGUUCGACGAAACGUACGAGGGCCGGUGGAUCGUUUCUGAGAAAGAUGAUUACACAGGUGUAUGGAAGCAUGCAAAGAGUGAAGGUCAUGAUGAUUAUGGGAUUCUUGUGAGUGAUAACGCAAGAAAGUAUGCGAUAGUCAAAGAGCUUGACGAACCUGUUGACCUCAAGGAUGGCACUGUUGUCCUGCAAUUUGAGAAUCGCCUUCAGAAUGGGCUUGAAUGUGGAGGUGCAUACUUGAAGUACCUCCGAUCCCAGGAUGCUGGAUGGAAACCCAAGGAAUUUGACAAUGAAUCUCCCUAUUCUAUCAUGUUUGGCCCCGACAAGUGUGGGUCCACUAACAAGGUGCAUUUUAUUCUCAAGCACAAGAACCCCAAGAGUCAGGAGUACAUUGAACACCAUCUAAAAUAUCCUCCUUCAGUCCCCUCUGAUAAACUCACCCAUGUGUACACUGCCAUUCUGAAACCUGAUAAUGAAUUGCGAAUUCUGAUUGAUGGGGAGGAGAAGAAGAAGGCUAAUUUCCUGUCAGCUGAAGAUUUUGAACCACCACUCAUCCCUGCCAUGACUAUUCCUGACCCUGAUGAUAAAAAACCUGAGGACUGGGAUGAGAGGGCCAAGAUCCCUGAUCCAAAUGCUGUGAAGCCAGAUGACUGGGAUGAGGAUGCACCUAUGGAAAUUGAAGAUGAGGAUGCUGUGAAGCCAGAAGGAUGGCUGGAUGAUGAGCCUGAGGAGAUUGAUGAUCCGGAAGCUACAAAACCUGAAGAUUGGGAUGAUGAAGAGGAUGGUGAGUGGGAGGCACCUAAGAUUGAUAACCCAAAGUGUGAGGCAGCGCCUGGUUGUGGUGAGUGGAAAAGACCAACGAAAAGGAAUCCUGCAUAUAAAGGAAAAUGGCAUGCUCCACUCAUUGACAACCCGAACUACAAGGGUAUUUGGAAGCCACAAGAGAUCCCGAACCCUGCUUACUUUGAGCUUGACAAACCUGAUUUUGAGCCUAUUGCUGCCAUUGGCAUUGAGAUUUGGACAAUGCAAGAUGGGAUUUUGUUUGACAAUUUCUUGAUUACCAGCGACGAGAAGGUUGCAGAGACAUAUAGGGAGAAGACAUGGAAGCCAAAGUUUGAUGUUGAGAAAGAGAAGCAGAAGGCUGAGGAAGCAGCUGCAGGUCUUUCAGAUGGGCUUUCAGGCUUUCAGAAGAAGGUUUUUGACCUCCUUUAUAAAGUAGCUGACAUUCCUUUCUUGGAUGCAUACAAGCUUAAAAUCUUUGAUCUCAUCGAGAAGGGAGAGACACAACCAAACCUUACAAUGGGAAUCCUUGUCUCCAUCGUGGUGGUUAUAUUGACUGUUUUCUUCAGGCUCCUCUUUGGCAGGAAGAAACCAGCUGCUAAGGUGGUCAGUAAUGUGACCAAAAGCACUGGGCCUGCAGAAACUAUGGGUAACGAAGGAAGCAGUGGGGAAAGGGUAGUAGAGAACGAGGAAGAAGAUACUGCUGCUCCUCGCAGGAGAGCUACCAGGCGGGAAACAUAAGGACAGGUGGCGGCGACUAGUUAAAGUCACUAAAGACAUGAGAUUUUUUGAGCUGUGCAUGGUUUAAUUUUCACUAAAUUCUUGAUAAAAUCCUCCCGUCCCUAAAAUUUUUGAGCUUUGAAAUAGGUGUGUUGUAAAUGAGACGUUUCUAUGGGUUCCGAUUAUUAUCUGUUUAG